UGUUUCCCCUUGUGUCCUCCGGACGUCUAGUUGUUCCAAGUGAAAUUCACAUAACCAAACUGAAAAAACUGCUCAUACCAGGCGGGAAAAAUUGAUUCUGCAGAAGACGACCGACGAGCUGUGUACCUUCAGCAUACGAAAGCCCAACUGAAUGGGCAUGAAAGAGACGGUCAAAAUCGAUAUCCCCACCACGGCCAGGAGCUUUUAUUCCUUCUUUUUACACCCACGAAAACAGAAAUUCUUACAAUGUUUGUUUUUUAACUUUCGGUUUAUGAUUAUUCAUGGUUAAACAUAUCCAGCCGGGAUGUUCGAUAUCGCAUGAUUCGGUGCAGUGGGAGGAUAAUCGGCCGGGUCAAUGAGAACCCACCCUCGCAACCGGUGCGGUUCCCCCAGAAGCAAGCAUCAUAUUAAAGCAAGGUCGAUCAGAAUGGGAUAUAAUUUCUAGAAUUACGAGGUACGAGAUAUACCCAGGCAACACGGAAUGCCAACAGGGCUGCAAUGACUUACGCAAUGGCAAGGACACCAGUCAAAACAUAGUGUGAAUAGACAAUAUUGUGCAACCUGUUUGCUGGUCUUUUGUGCUUCACCCCUGGUCGCUAUGGUCGCGGAUAAGCAAACAUUGAAGGUUGACUAGCUGCACUCAUCCCUGACGCACAAUGCAGUUGAAACAUUUAAGGAACAUACUUCAGGCGAAAGAUGCGCCAAUGAACAUCCUUGCCAUCGCUUGGUCACCGAACAAUCUGAAAUUAGCCGUGUGCAAUUAUGACAGGUGUAUAUUAUUAUUUGACGAGAAUGGAAACAGAAAAGAUAAAUUUCCUACAAAGCCGGCUAAUUCAAAAAAUGGCCGUAUGAGCUAUACAGUGAAGGGGUUGGCUUUCUCGCCCGAUUCCAAUAAAAUAGCAGUCGGACAAACAGAUAAUAUAAUAUAUAUUUACAAACUUGGAGACGACUGGGGAGACAAAAAAGUCAUUUGUUCCAAAUUCCCGCAGCAGUCGCCUGUGACUUGUCUGAUAUGGCUGAGCGAAGGUCCGAUCAUAUUCGGACAGGCGGAUGGAAAAGUCAGAGCGGCCCAUUUGGCGUCCAACAAGACGCAGACGCUAUUUUCAGCCAAUUCUUUCGUAGUUUCCCUCGCUUCAAAUGUGCGAGGUACGGGGUUUUUAUCCGGCCAUGCUGACGGCAGCAUAAUUAGAUAUUAUGUCGCAGAAGAUUCCGCAAUGGAAAAACAAUGUCGCGUCGUUAUGCAUACAACACCUCCUUAUGCUUUGGCAUGGCCCACCGGGGGCUUCGUCCUUGCAGCAGGGUGUGACAGGAAAGUAGCAGUUUACGAUACCGACGGCCAUCUGUUCAAACAAUUCGAUUAUGCCAAUGAGAAGGAAUUCACAGUCGCUGCAUGCAGCCCCAGCGGGCAAGCUGUCGCAGUUGGAAGUUUCAACAGAAUUAGAACGUACACUUGGAGCCCGAGGAAGGUCAUGUGGGAAGAAAUGCCGGUUAAAGAAAUUGAAAAUCUUUAUACGAUAACUGCUUUAAGCUGGAAGCGAGAUGGAUCAAGGGUCACGUGCGGUUCGCUUUGCGGCUCCGUCGAACUAUUCGAAUCCGUCAUUAAGAGAAUGAUCUGGAAGAACAAAUUUGAACUGACGUAUGUUGGUGCAAGCCAGGUCCUUGUAAAACCACUAGAUGACAAUUCCAGAGGCGUCAUAUUAAGAUCUAGAUUUGGUUAUGAAAUAGACGAUGUAAGGAUUCUAGGAAACGAUAGAUAUCUAGUCGCACGAACCCCUGAAACGCUUUUACUAGGAGAUCUUCAUAGAAACUUGUUGAGCGAGGUGAACUGGACUGACACAGGUAGCCAGGAAAAGUUCUACCUGGACAAUCCAAACGUCUGUCUUAUAUUUAAUGUCGGCGAGUUAACUCUGGUCGAAUACGGCAAUAAUAAAAUAUUAGCAUCAGUCAGGACUGAGUUUAUGAAUCCGCAUCUAAUAAGCGUACGACUGAACGAAAGGAAACAUCCGAAUUCGACAGAUGACAAUAAAAAACUGGCCUAUCUGCUCGACAGAAAAACAAUCUGCAUUGUCGAUCUUGUAUUUGGAAUACCGAUGCUCCAAGUGUCGCACGAUUCGAAGAUCGACUGGCUCGAGUUGAACGAGACGAGUCACAAACUUCUUUUCAGGGAUAAAAAAAUGCGCUUGACCCUAUUGGACACAAGAACGGGAGAACGACAAGUCAUCCUUAGUUAUUGCACUUAUGUCCAAUGGGUCCCUGGGAGUGAUGUUGUUGUAGCACAGUCUAGAAAUAACGCUUGCAUCUGGUACAAUAUCGAUACGCCUGAAAGGGUGACAAAUUUUCCAGUGAAAGGGGAAAUAGUCGACAUUGUACGAGAGAAUAAAAAAACCGAGAUCGUAGCUCAAGAAGGAACUCAUCAAGUUGGCUAUCAGCUCGACGAAGGGUUGGUCGAGUUCGGAACUGCAGUACACGAUUCGGAUUUCGGCAGAGCUAUAUUGUUCCUCGAGUCGCUCGGACCCAGCAGCACUGAAACUGAAGCGAUGUGGCACAAUUUAGCCGAAAUCACAUUACAGCUGAACAAUCUUAGAGUCGCUUUAAGAUGCUAUGCUGCACUCGGGGAUAUACCAAAGACUCACUUUUUAAACGAGACUCUCAAGAUCGCAGAGGAUUUUGCCAGGACGAACGGCGGCGAUGGAAUGGAUUGUCCUGAGGUAUGGGCGAGAAUGGCCAUUCUGAACAAACAGUUAAAAACAGCCGAGGCAGUUUAUCUAGAACAGAAUCAACUUGACAAAGCGCUUGACAUGUAUAAACAACUUCAUAAAUGGGACGAAGCGAUAUCAUUAGCUGAAGCCAGCGGUUAUACAAAACUUAGCCUUCUUAAGAACGAAUAUGUCAUCUGGUUAAUGAAAACAGGCCAGCAGGAGAAAGCCGGCCAGGUAAAACAAGAAUCAGGCCAAUAUACGGAAGCGAUAGACCUUUACUUAUCAGCAGGUUUACCCGCGGCAGCUGGAAGGUUGGUCGUGUCAAAGCCCGAAUUGCUCGAAGACUCGAUGCUCCUGAAGAAAAUCACAGCAGAACUGACAAAAGCUGAGCUUUACCAGCAAGCAGGGCAGGUUUACGAAGCUGCAGGCGACAACAUGAGAGCGAUGCAGUGUUACAGAAAAGGAAACGCUUUCGCCACAGCGCUACACUUGGCACGAUUUGUCGCACCGCAAGACGUGGUCGCUUUGGAAGAAGAAUGGGGCGAUUAUUUGCUCCAGAGUAAGCAGCUUGAUGCAGCUAUCAACCAUUAUAUCGAAUCGGGGAAGACCAUGAAAGCACUAGACGCUGCCAUUGUAGCAAGACAGUGGAAGAAAGCAGUUCAAAUUCUUCAGGCGGUGCAUGAUAUCAGCUCAGUGGCGACACAUUACGCUCAACUCUGUCAACAUUUUGCUUCCGUGAAGGACUAUCAAGUCGCCGAGAAACUUUUCAUACAGGCCGGAAGGCCGGAAGAUGGUGUGAAAAUGUAUUUUGAUGCCGGCGAGUGGGAGAAGGCUUACAAUUUUGCAUCGGCUCAUUUGGAAAGUAGCCUCCUGAACGAAAUAAUGCUGAGAAAGGCUCAGGAAUGUGAGACGAUGGGAAAGUAUAAAGAUGCCGAGACGCUUUACGUACUUGCAGGGCAAGUCGAUUCGGCAAUAGCCAUGUAUAAAAAUCAAAGGCAGCAUGAUCAAAUGCUUAAACUCGUUAAAGAGUACAGAUCUGAUCUUUUGAACAUGACGAAUCUCCAUUUAGCAAAACAACUAGAAGACGAGGGAAACAUCUUGGGCGCUGAAGAACUGUAUGUAGCAGCCGGGGAAUGGACGACAGCAGUCAAUAUGCUCAGGUCUCAUGGAAUGUGGGAACAAGCUUACAAAGUGGCGAAGCAAGGAGGAGGAGAACAAUCUGCGCGACACGUGCUUUUUGCAUGGGCAAAGAGCUUAGGUGGAGAUUCAGCUGUGAAAUUGCUGAACAGAUACGAUCUGCUGUCUCCUUGUAUUGAAUACGCUUGUGAUAGCAAUCAGUUUGAGUUUGCAUUCGACCUGGCAAAAACUGGGUUGAAAACGAAAAUGGCUGAGAUCCAUCAUAAAUACGCGUUGUAUCUUGAAGCGAAGGACGAGUUGAAACUUGCCGAACAGCAUUUUCUCAAAAGCGGGAAGGUCAAGGACGCCGUCAUGAUGUACAUGGAUCACAAGAGAUGGGACGACGCCGAACGCCUGGCCGAGACGCUUAAGAACGAGACUCUCAUGCAGGAAGUCCUCCAUGCCCAAGCGACGGAUGAAUUCAGAAUGAAAAACUUUGAAAAAUUCGAAACGCUCAACCUAAGGGCACACAAGCCGGAAGCGAUUGUUCAAAUGUACAAGGAUGCUGGCAUGUGGAUGGAAGCGUUGCGUGUCUGUCGGGAUUAUUUACCGACCAAACUGGCCAUAGUGCAAGCCGAGUAUGACAAAAUGGUCGGAAACAGAGGCGCUCGUGAUGUGACCAUACUUUUAAACGAAGCGAAACAAUGGGAGUCAAGCGGGCAAUAUAUAACUGCUGUCAAGUGCUACCUUAAGGUAAAUGUAUCUAAUUGUCAAGAUGCUAGUACGAUCGUGAAAGCAUUGACAGAAGCUGCAAGAAUCACAAAUAAUUAUUUAGACGGGGAUGAAGCGACAGAGGUGACUCGGAUUUUAGGUGCAAGAUUGGUUGAAAUGAAACAGCACAACAUGGCAGCUCAACUUUACAUGGCGGUGGACAUGGUGAAAGAAGCACUAGAUACUCUAAUAGCGAACGAGGAUUGGCAGAAGGCUUUAAAAAUAGUCAAAGACAUUGAACCGAGUUUUGAGCCCUACGUAGAGAGCAGGUAUAAAGAGUCGUUGAGGUCGCAGGGCAGGGCGGAUCAGUUGGCGGAUGUCGAUAUUAUUUCAGGACUUGAUUUGCUCUGUGAACAAGGACAAUGGCAGAGAGCUAUAGACAUGGCGAAGUCGAACGGAAUACACGUUCUUAACAAAUACCUCGCACUUUACGCCGCUCAUUUGAUCAAGUCUGGUUCUGCGAUGAAAGCGUUGGACCUUUAUGCCCAACACGGAGCGGCUCCUUUACCUCAAAACUACAACAUUUACAGGACGAUAGCUUCUCAAGUCAUAUCGACGCAUACAAGUAAAGAAACGUACAAAUCCUGGGCUAAGCUGAGAGAUCUCUUUUUUGAAAUAACGGAAAAUAUGAGUAACACUCCGGAUGCGAAUACACCGACGCAGACAGAAUUUGAAACGAUCAUGAUGAUCGGGCAUUAUUAUGCAUUGAGAAGCGCUUUAAGAUAUCUGAGUAAUACGGACAAACUGGUGGCAAAGAUUUCAAUAUCUUUACUGCGCUAUUCAGACAUAAUACCGGCAGAUAAGGCAUAUUUUGAAGCAGGGAUGGACGCUAAGGAAGUUGGCAUGAACACAGAUGCGUUUGUCUUUUUGAAUCAUUGUCUUGAUGUGAUCGAGGCCAUGGAAGACGGAGGAGGAGCUAUCGAUCACUCAGACCUCCUGGUGACAGAUUUCCCACAGCAGGUCCCGCUUCCGGAAAGCAAUUAUCUCCGGUCAGACGAGAUAGAAGCGGUGAAAGACUGGGUCUUAUCUGUCUCUGUCGAUCGGAGCGUCGACAUGGCCCUGCCUAUUGACGACCGUGGCGUGUACCCGGCCUCUCUCACAGGACUGUCCGGCGCACCGGCCCAGCCCUGCCUCGUCACGGGGUAUCCCGUCCUUCAUAAACACGUCAGAUUCAGGAGAGGAGCGGCGAACACAGAAGACUACUCGGCUCUCCAGAUGACGUCUAGGAUGCACCCGACGGACAAUUCCCUUGCUGAUGUGAUAUCCUUCUUGGGAAAGUGGGCUGGUCCCCCUUCAGAAAUGUCCCUGCUAUAAAUUAACAAAUGGUCAA